AUGACCCUUUUUGGCAAUUCGGGGAGCAGUUUCGGAUCUUCAAGCAAUUCAAACAGCAACAAAGAGCAUUUUAUUCAAGAAGUUCCGAACGAUACAGUCUCUAGGCUUCGAUUUACUGGUGCAAAUUCUUCAAAUGGACAGUUCUUGGCUUCGACUUCUUGGGCAAAUGAUGUUAGAAUCUGGCAAGUAGCGACUCAGAGUUCUGGCGGUAGCUUUGGAAAUAAUGGAAAUUUCCAAAUGGCGACUCAAGCAAAAGCUAUGAAAAAUCACGAAGGUCCGGUUCUCGAUUGCUGCUGGACUGGAGACAAUACCAAGCUGUUUUCUGUUGGAGCGGAUAAGAAAGGAAUGUUGUGGGAUCUUGGAGCUGAUAGCUUCAAUCAAGUUGCGGCACAUGACCAGCCGAUCACUUGUUGUGCCUAUGCGAAGGGGAAUAAUUACGAAUGCAUGGUUACUGGAAGUUUGGAUAAAACGAUCAAAAUGUGGGAUAUGCGACAAUCUACUCCAGCGAAAACUUUUAACUGCCCAGAGAGAGUGUACGCGAUGGACUUGAUGAUGCCGAUCAUGGUCGCCGUCACAGCCGACAAGAAGCUCCUUGGUUACAGAAUGGACAACGAUCCGUCAGAGUGGAAAGUAUUCGAGUCACAGCUCAAGCAGCAAUUAAGAUGCAUUUCAAUCUUCAAGAAUAAAAACGGAACCGAGCCGUUUGGCUUUGCUUGUGGAUCUAUUGAGGGAAGAGUUGCCAUUCACAAUUUCCAGCCAGACAAGCCAGUUGAUAACUUCACAUUCAAAUGCCACAGAGGACCGAACAACACAAGCUCGAGAGAUGCUCAAGAAAUUUACCCAGUCAACGACAUCGCCUUCCAUCCAAAUUACACCGGUCUUUUGGCGACUGUCGGCUCAGAUGGAAAAUAUACCUUCUGGGACAAGGACAACCGAACGAAAAUCCACGGCGCUCAAAAUAUGAACACAAAUAACGACCCGAAGAAGUCGAUUUCUUGCUGUACUGUCGAUCACGAAGGAAAGAUAUUUGCAUACAGCGUCGGUUACGAUUGGCACAGAGGUCACGAAUCUAACGAUCCAAACACGAAGCCACAGAUUGUUCUCAGAAACGUCGUGGAUGAGUUCAAGCCAAAAAGUAAGUAA